GGUGUUAAAUUAGCAUUCCUGGGGUUUAUAUCGAGCUGAUAGAACAGGAUUGGUAUGGGCAACAUUUGUCAUUUUAGAGAUCAUAUCAGAGUUACGCUCAUAAUUUGGAUACCGUGAUUAAAUAAACAUUCUUGGAUUUUACCGCAGGUACUGAGAGAAAGAGGUGGCUAACUGCCUCGUCGUUGAACCGGCUACACUUUUAAUUGUAGGCUAAGAGGUUAUUGGAGUGAAACUGCCUGAAGUCACUCUAGUGAUUUGGAUAAUGUGAUUAAAUGAGCGUUUCUGGGUUUUACAGCCGGACUGAGGGACAGGGACGGGUAGCCGCUGCACUCAGGUGAACUGGACCACACGGAGAGGGCAGUGGAUGGGGAGCAAGUGGCUGAACUCCGGGCUGUGAGAGCGGCAGGACAAGCGCGAGCUCACACCGGCUCCUUCACGGGAACCCAACUCAUUCGUCCUCCAGCGCGAGCUGGGAAAGGUGCACGAGGCACCGGCACGCGCGGCUGACACGGAGGAGAGAGCAGCAGCUGAGCGGGUCCGGAGCCGAGCGCCUGCGAGGAGAGACCCGGCAUGUGUUAGAAGAGGAGACGCGAGAGUGAUUCCUCCGGGGACCGAGCCUUUUUACACAGCGACCGGCAACUUGCGGCACUUUUCAUCUAAAUUUGGUUCCAGUUACUCCCGUAAAAUGGGGGUUUUAUACUCAGCAGGUCUCCGUCACAUCCAGCAGUGUUAGACAUGGAUGGCUGACACUUUCAAUAACGGCCAGUUUGACACUCACUAAAGCCGGAGAGAGAGGGAGAGAGAGAGAGAGGGAGAGAGAGAUAUGGGGAGGUUUCCGCUGCUUUUUCCAGUUUUACCGGGAAAUAAGGCGACCGCCAACUCUCAGAGGAUCCAUCAAUGUGGAGAACUUUUCACACGGUGGAUUCAAACGAGCAGUCAACUAGUUUCAGGGAGUGCUUUCUGCUCCGGGACCUUGUUUUAGUUCAACCUGUUCAUCGCCGCACGUCGCGCCCUUUCUGAGGACUUUUUAAGGAGCAUUCAGUGGUUCAGUCUUAAUCUCAGAGCCCCUUCUUCUUUUCCUUUUUUCCCUCCGGUGGAGCCGAGCUCAUUCCGCUGGCUCUUAUGGGAAUGAAACACUCCUCCCGCUGCCUGCUCCUCAGGAGGAAGAUGGCGGACCCUGAGAGCGCUGAGCAACAGCCCCUGAGUGCAGCACCAUCUCAGUCAGCACAGCCUUCUCCCCUGCCUAAACCAGUGCCCUCAGUCCACCAUGCCCCGCGGCCAUCACACGUCUCGCACACGCCGCACACCCCUCAUGCGGCCACCCUCCCGAGCUGCCCUGGUCGUGGCAAAAUGGCUAAGUUCCUCAAUCCUGAAGAGAUGACCUCCAGAGACUACUAUUUUGACUCCUAUGCCCAUUUUGGCAUCCAUGAGGAGAUGCUAAAGGACGAGGUGAGGACGCUGACUUACAGGAACUCUAUGUACCAUAACAAACAUGUCUUCAAGGACAAAAUCGUGCUGGACGUGGGGAGUGGCACUGGCAUCCUCUCCAUGUUCGCUGCCAAGGCUGGAGCCAAGCACGUGUACGGGAUCGAAUGCUCUAGUAUAUCAGAGUACUCUGAGAAAAUCAUCAAAGCCAAUCACCUAGAUAACGUUAUCACCAUCUUUAAAGGGAAAGUGGAAGAGACGGAGCUGCCAGUGGACGAGGUGGACAUUAUUAUUUCAGAAUGGAUGGGCUACUGCCUUUUCUAUGAGUCUAUGCUCAACACUGUCAUCUAUGCCAGAGACAAGUGGCUGAAACCUGGUGGCCUGAUGUUUCCAGACCGUGCUGCUCUCUACAUUGUGGCCAUUGAGGACAGGCAGUACAAGGACUUCAAGAUCCACUGGUGGGAGAAUGUGUAUGGCUUUGACAUGACCUGCAUCAGAAAUGUAGCAAUGAAAGAGCCACUGGUGGACAUAGUGGACCAAAAGCAAGUGGUGACCAAUGCUUGCCUCAUCAAAGAGGUGGACAUCUACACGGUGAAGCCAGAGGACCUGUCUUUUACCUCAACCUUCUGCCUGCAGAUCCAGAGGAAUGACUAUGUCCAUGCCCUUGUCACCUACUUCAACAUUGAGUUCACCAAGUGUCAUAAGAAGACUGGCUUCUCUACAGCACCCGAUGCCCCCUACACUCACUGGAAGCAGACGGUGUUUUAUCUUGAGGAGUAUCUUACAGUGAAGAGAGGGGAGGAAAUUGUGGGCACUGUUGCCAUGCGUCCCAAUGAAAAGAAUGCACGUGAUCUGGACUUCACUUUUGAGCUGGAUUUUAAAGGUCAGCUGUGUGAGGCUGCUAUCGCUCAUGACUAUAAGAUGCGUUAAGUAUCCAGCAGAGGAGAAAGCCCCAGUAUGGCAGUUGCCCCACCACAAUAAAGGCAGAGGAGGGGGCACUUUCCAUCCAGCAGCAGCCACUGACACUAAAGGUUAGGGCUGGAGGAUCCAGGCCGUGGUUCUGCUUAUCUCUGGGAGCUGUGCCAACAUUUUGGAGUGGAGUGCCUCUCCGAGCAAUAGCAGUCUUGCCAUCACCAAUAAUAGUGUGCACUAGUCCACCAUUUCGACGACUGUUCAGAAGGCAUCUUUGAAUGUAUUGCCUUAUUAACUCAAGAAUGUCACUGUCCUUAUGAAUGUGAAGAGCGAGUUUACAGUUUCUUUACUUUUAGAAAGGAGUUGGCGCAAUACUUCGGCUGAUUGCUUUUGGUGCAAGCUUGAUGUUUCAGAGACCAAGGAGCAAGUUAUUUUAACUGUUUAAGUUACAUUCAAGCCAGUACUUUUGCGUUAACAUAGUUCAUUUUAUCCUAAGCACUAUAAUAGAGUACAUUAAGAGAUUUAGAUGCACAAUUCAGUGGCAUAUUCUCCAAUGCUGAACUCCUAAAUUAUUGUACUUUCAUUUUUAUAGAGUUGUUAAAAAUUCAUGGCAAUAGCUCUAAUUCCACUUUAGAUAGUGACAGCACAUCUGUUUUUUGGACAUUGUGCAAUAAGUUGUGAGAGUGAGUGAGUCUUGUUCUUCAGUGUGUUUGUAUUUUUGUUAUAAAUAAUCUCUACCUACCAACAGAGCUUAGAAAGAGGAAGGGCACAUGUAUAAUGUGUUUGUGGAGUCAGAUAGCAGCUGCCAAUCCUCACCCGUGCUCUUACUGAAGUCAUCACCAAGGUAAAAAAGACCUCUUGUGCUAUGAUCCAAAGACAUUCUGUUUAUUAGCAAGACACAGCCACACAUCCCAUUCAGCUCUCUUCCUAUUCAUUCCUGGCUAACAUGAAUGUGAAGUGAAGAUAGAGGGUAUUGUCAACGUAAGUGUGAAAGCUAGGGAACUAUCACUAGGUACACACACACAUUUAUUAGCUGCAGUAUUUCACCAGCAUCUGCAGUACGUCAGUUCAGUUACACAGCCUGGAGUCUUUUAGUUUGUUAAAUAUUUUUUCAAUUUCCAAUUUUGGUUUUGACUAAAGCAUCUAUGUGAUAAUAGUUAAGCUGGCAGUUUGAUUUAUAUCACUUAACUACUUUUAAGAGUGUGCAGUGUGGAAAGGAAUAAGGCAUGUAAAAGCUUAGGUAGUUCUCAAUGCUGUAUCUUGUAUGAAUAAAGAAUGUCUCAUAUGAUCUGAUAUUUGGAAAACAUGCAGCACAGCACAGUGCACCGAUACAACACAGGCAAAGCUCCAGUCAGGAUGUUUAAAAUGACCUGUUACUGAAACUGAUGUCAGCUUACUUACUGAUAGUAUAUUGCUUAUAACAAAAUAUGCUUAACCAUGAAAAAAUGCAAUGAAGCAGUCUAACAAGUAAUAUAUCUGGAAACAUCCUGAUUGAGCCUUUGAAAGUAAAAAACAAUAUGAUGUGUUUUCUCUAUCAGUAAUACCAUAAACAGAUCAUCUAGAAUUGUCAAAUCAUAUCUAAAGAGAUUUAUAGAUGUAAGAGAGCAUGCAGUAGUCGUAAAGAGGUUUUGGGACUUUGUAGGAUGUGAAGGCUUAUCACACUGUAUUAAUAGAUUAUGUGUAAAAUAAAAACCCAGGUGUG